AUGUCCGAUAUCCAGGAACGCUACGUCUCGGCAAACCAGGGGCAUCUUUUUGCAUCAUUUGAGGAUUUAAAGGAUGGUGAGCGGGAUUGUUUUUUGUCUCAAUUGAAACAGAUCCCCGAUCCAGCACAAUAUCUUCAAGAAGUUCAGGACGCGAUUAGAUAUAGCUCGUCGGUUUCGAAAUCCAGGCGGUUUUCCCCUUUGCCGGCACAGGCAUGUGCCUCAACACUAGACAGCUCCUCAGAGACUCUGAAAGAGUGGAGCGAUAUAGGAUUGGACCUUAUCGCCAAGGGAAAAGUAGGAGUUAUUCUAAUGGCUGGAGGACAAGGUAGUCGUCUUGGAUCGACGGCUCCAAAAGGCUGCUACAAUGUUGGCCUGCCGUCUCAAAAAUCACUGUUCCAACUUCAGGCAGAAAGGUUGAAGAAACUGCAACAACUGGCCAACGCCAAAAAAGUGAUUCCCCUAUACAUCAUGACCUCCAAACCGACUAGAGCAGCUACUGAGGAGUUUUUCAUCAAGAACGCUUACUUUGGCCUGGAAUCCUCGCAAGUCAUCUUUUUUGAUCAGGGAACGCUUCCUGCAGUUUCUUUGGAUGGUACCAAGCUGUUGUUGGAAUCCAAAGGCCUCUUGGUUGAGAGUCCCGAUGGAAACGGGGGACUUUACAAGGCCAUCUAUGAGAACGGGCUAUUGCAAGAAUUUGCGAACCGAGGAAUUGAGCACAUUCACAUGUAUUGUGUCGACAACGUCCUUGUCAAAGUUGGAGAUCCAGUUUUUAUCGGGUAUGCUUCUAGCAAUAAGUAUAAUAUUGCUACCAAGGUGGUUCGUAAGCGAAGCGCUGAUGAGAAUGUUGGGCUGAUAGUGAUGGAUGAAGAAACCAAACGUCCCGCCGUAAUUGAAUACUCGGAAGUUAGUCAGGACUUAAGGGAGAAACGAGACUCACAAGGGCUGCUAUUUUUCAGAGCAGCUAAUAUUGUGAACCACUAUUAUAAUGUUGCAUUUUUGCAGGACAUGAUCCCAAAAUGGAUUUCUGACCGAAAGUUUUUGCCCUAUCACGUUGCCAGAAAGAAAAUAGCAUGCUUGGAUGUGGGAUCUGGAAAGAUUAUCGAACCCAGCGACCCAAACGGGAUUAAAUUGGAACAAUUUAUUUUUGACGUAUUCUCCAGCGUCGAGAUGCAUAAGUUCGGCUGCUUAGAAGUGGACAGAGCCGAAGAAUUUUCGCCUCUGAAAAAUGCUCCAGGAAGCGCCAACGAUGAUCCCGAAAUAUGCAAAGCAAAUCUGCUCAAAAGAAGCGCACGCUGGCUCGCAAAGGCGGGAGCUACUCUGCGCGGCUCGGAAAUUGAAAUCAGCCCGCUAACGAGCUACUCUGGGGAAGGACUAGAGAAAUACUCCGGCUCUACGAUCGUUUCCCCUGCUGUCAUCUGA